GUCCCUGCUCCCAGUGUGUGCAGCAUCUACACGGAGGAGGAGAGGAGCGACGCGGUGCUGCUGCCGUUCGGAUGUGCAGUCAUGUCCGGAGCGUCCCAGUGAUCCCAGCAGGACAGAAGCAGGACUGAAGGAAUAAAGCUAUGGGUGGCCAGAUUACGCGAAAUGCCUUUUACGACUCACUCGGUGGCCCGUUCCCGUCCGCGUCGCACCGAUGCCACCACAAACCCAAGAGGUGCCUGCCUAUCCAGUGUGGCAGUGUCAGUGGGCCCCUUCCCAUCAGCCCACUUCUCUUCCAUCCAAACGCCAAGGGUUCCCAGAUUGUCAUGGACCUUGCCCAGAAGACUGUCAAGAGGCAGGCCAGUUUCUGCAACGCCAUCACCUUCAGCAACAGGCCCAUAGCGCUUUACGAGCAAGUCCGCCUCAAGAUCACUAAAAAGCAGUGCUGCUGGAGUGGGGCUUUGCGUCUGGGGUUCACUUUCAAAGAUCCAUCCAGGAUAAACCCAGACAACCUGCCAAAGUAUGCCUGCCCUGACCUGGUGUCCCAGAGUGGCUUCUGGGCCAAGGCGCUGCCUGAGGAGUUUGCAAACGAGGGCAACGUUAUCGCCUUCUGGGUGGACAAGAAGGGCAGAGUCUUCUACCGCAUUAAUGAAUCCAGCCCCAUGCUGUUCUUCAGCGGAGUCCGCACAGCUGAGCCCCUCUGGGCUCUCGUUGAUGUUUACGGUCUGACCCGCGGAGUGCAGCUGCUAGGCAGUGAGAUCGUUCCUCCUGAGUCCCUGCGCCCACGCUCCUUCACCACGGUGCGCUCCUCCUCCCUGCGGCGCGAAGCAGACGACUCACGCUUGUCCGUCAGCCUGUGUGACCUCAACCUGCAGCAGGAGGAUGGAGGCAACGCUCACAAUCACGCCCACCGCCACACCCUCCACCUGGCCUCAGCCUCCUCCUCCUCCACCUGCCCCAUCCCCCAGAACUCCCUCAACUCCCAGCAGUCCUCUCUCCUGCCACCCGCCCUAGAGAGCGACCUCCACUUUCAUCAGCUGCGCGGCGCCCACAUUAAGACGCUGGAUGAGCAGACAGUGGCGAGAUCUGAGCAUGCCCGCGACGAGCGCACGCUAGUCUUCACCAACCGACCCCUGCGCACCGGAGAGACUGUCUUCAUCAAGGUCACCAAAUCGAGCCCAGCGCGCUCAGGCUCCUUGUCCUAUGGCGUGACAUCCUGUGACCCGGCAGUGCUGCGUCCCAGCGACCUGCCCUACAAUCCAGAGGCUCUGGUGGACCGGAAGGAGUUCUGGGCGGUGUGUCGGGUGCCCACCCCUCUUCAAAGCAGUGACAUUCUGGGCUUCUUGGUCAACCAGGAGGGGGAGGUCAUCCUCAGCCACAAUGGCACCAAUGUGGGCAUGCAAGUGUGUGUGGACAACUCCCGCCCGCUUUGGAUGUUCUUCGGUCUGCAUGGGGCUGUGACUCAGCUGAGGAUUCUGGGUUCCACUCAUGUGGGUGAUCUGCAGGCCACAUCGAACCCCAGCUCGCCCUCCUCCUCCCCGCACACCCCCAGCGCCCUGGGCAGCGGCAGCUCGGAUCCAGUCCUGAACGGAGGCCUGUGCUCUACCGCUUACUGCAGCUCAGCAGGAGGUACAACCCCAAAUUCACCAGUCAACCUCCCCAAGUCCCCUACGUUCCCAUCAGGCCGCGGGCCGUGGUCCGAUGAGUGCUCAAUCUGUUACGAGAACCUGGUGGACACGGUCAUCUACGCCUGUGGGCACAUGUGUCUAUGCUACAGUUGCGGCCUCAAACUCAAGAAGAUGUCCAACGCCUGCUGUCCCAUCUGCAGACGACAGAUCAAAGACAUUAUCAAGACGUACCGCAGCACGUAAGAGGGCGGCGGCAAACGGACGGUGGGCCUCAGCAAAAUCCCAGAGUCAUGGAAAAAAGACCCAAGUUCAGUGAAUACAAACUCUGGUACUUUGAUUUGGUAUUUUCAUACGAUUAUUGUUGGUCGGUUUUCUCUCAUGACCUUUUCCAAAGCCGGUAACGCUUCUAAGGCAAGGUCUCUCUCACUCUCGAGUCGUUGUCACAGCCUCUUUGCGGAGGCAGCACUCGAAGUGGCAGCGGGUUCCCCUAAGGACUUUGCUCUUGCCAGAAGGGGUUGUUCUCUCCUGGGAAUGUGAAAUACUUUGAAGGAGAAAGUAAAAAAAUAUAAAAAAUCGAAUUUGUUGAGCCAUGUCGUAUGAAUUAGGGAUGAACGCCCAUCUCUGAAUGUCUCGAGAACAACUCCUAUUAGAAGGUGACUGAAGCUCUGAAAUAUGCCGUCAACCUGAUGGACAUUUCUUGCUAAAGCACAGCCGCAGCAGGUGAUCAGCUCAGAACGUCACAACUUGUGUCCGUGUGUUACUGAGCACUGGAAAAGAAAAGAAAUCGGCUUGGCGUGGUCAUGAUGAAGUGAUGGGUUUCUGUAAUCGUCGUGGUGAUUAACAGUGAGUGAUGUGUUUAGAGAUGCAAAGCGGUGCUGAGUAUAUUAAGUAGGAUUGUCACACCUGUUGUACUCGUAUAAUCUCCUGUACCUUUAUGGUAGUUCUAUUGCAAAAGUCAGUGGUUGCUAUAUUGUAGUAUUAGCUAGCUGCUUGCUCUGAAGUGCGAUGCGUUGCACUGAAAUAGGCAUUUUUUUCUCGGAAACGCCCCGAUACCGUGAGGGAGGACGUUCACCUGUUCACACGCUCUACACGCCUGCAUCCAGCAGACUGAGCAGCUCCGGAUUCUUCAGAGGAAACAGGAAGUGUGGAAAAAAACAACAACAGUAAUUUGGAUUCUCCUCAGGGCCGAUCGUAUGUUUUUUUAUUUCAAAAGAUGUGAAUAUUUUCCCAAACUCUACCUAUAACCAUGCCUAGUACACUGUGAGCACUCAUGACGAAUUGACAGAUCUUUCAAAAUAGCUCCCAUAACAACACAAGUAGUCAAAGGAUUGUUGCCAUGGUAUCGAGAAGCCGCCGCAGACACGACUCAGCCUCCUGCCUUAACGCACAGAGGGUCCAUUUGUCACAUGCAAAUGCAUCUGUGUUUCCUGCCGUAUCCCCAACCCCCUGACAAAUUACCAAAUAACGCUGUCCUAUGGCACAACCGGUCACAACAUGUUCACUCAGAGGAGACAAAGCACACAAAUUAAAAACUAUUUUUGUAAUAUAAAUCCAUAACAUUUCCAAUAUUGAACCAUGAAAGUGUAUAAAAUACUUGUGACAAGACUUUCACCAGCAGCAGAGGUCCUUUACAGAAAUCUGUUCAGGGGCAGAGGCAUAAGAAGAACCUAUUUUGAAUAUUCCUAUCCUUAUUAGUAUGAUCCCCAUUCCCUUUAUUUCAGUAUGUAAUGUCCUGAUCCAUGCCCCAAGAAUUUCACCUGGAAACACCAGAGCUCAGCUGUAAGCCAUAGCUUAUUACAUGACACCACUCCAAGCUGAGAGGCAAUUUUUUUUAAUGACAUUGUACUUCAUUUUGUAGAUAAUCAACAACUGGGGCUCAGACCUAUGCUGCUAUGGUAUUUGCCAGCUGUCCUUUCCAGGGAAACGCUGACAGUGAUGUUUCACACCUCCCUCCUCCCACAUUACAGUUUGAUUACGCUACUUCUUGAGGUGUUAAUUCACAUUUGAAUGUUAACUUAUGUACUUAGAGAGAUAAAGGACUUUUUUUCAGUGUGCUUUACUUGAAAAAAAAAACAAAGAAAAAAAAGUUUUGUCUGUGUAUUUUCUUUUGUAUUUUAAGUUCGCUUGGAUCUAUAAUCAUCAUUCUAAGAUUAGUUUCUUUCUUGUCUAUCCAAAAGCAUGAGGCUCUAAAUGUUUCUUGUUUUCUACUAUAGGAUAUAGAGAGUUUCUUGUUCCUCGCAGUGAUAAGAGAUAUUGCAGUACACAAUCAAAACCUCAUUGCUUUUGGGUGCAAGAUAUAAACUCUUGGUUUUAUUACAAUCUCUGGAUUUCAGGUCUUCUUUUUUGUAAUUUAUCUUCUUGUGUGAGACCAUGUUAGGGAGCCCUACUACCCACUCCUGUAUUUAUAGCUCGUAUCAUUAUAUAGUCUCAAAAGCCAUCACGUAUGGUAAUGAUAAAUGUCACUUUAUAAAGCUACUGAUUGUAAUCUUGUAAAUCUUUACGCCAGCGUUGCUCUCUGAGAUUCAAACGUGGCAUGUUUUUAUUUUGUGCAGACACUCCGACCAAAUGGAAAAUCUCUUUUUUCUUUUUUUUAAAUACAUCAUAUAAAUGUUUUUCCCUUGUUCAAAAUCUUGUAUUUAUUUGGGACUUUAUUUUUAACAUUUUCAUGACAUCCAUCAGUUUUUGGACAGCAUCAGUUGAUAAACACAGUUCUUACCAAGCUACUGUAAAUAACCAUUUCUCAGAGGAUGAAGGUUUUCAUCAUGAUUUUAUACAAACAUUUUCAUCAAGGCCACUUUGCCAUUUUGAUUUUUUUGCGAGAGUCCUCCACAGGCUCCUUGAAUGUUACUGAUCCUGCAAUGUAUUAUUUAUUGUCCAUCACUGACGUGUGGACUAAUUCCUUCAGACCUGCUUUUCUUGUGUGUUUGCUUGCUCUGUGAAGACAUCUUCCUCUGGGUCUGGCCAAUCACACAGCAGCAUAUUUGGACUAUUCUUUCUGUAGAUCUUAGUAUUUUUUUGUCAUGCAUGAGUUAUGUGUUCAUACAGUGUGAACAUCAGGACCAACAACAGACGAACAUCAUUGGAAAGAAGUUUGUUUUCACAUAAGCUCCCUCGGCUGCAGCUCAGUGUUUGGCCACAGCAGCUGAAGUUCUUUACAAUCCUGUGUUGUCUUUCUUUUUUCAGUUGAAACAACUCGUGAUUGUUUGUGAGCUCUGUUCAGUGUGAGUCGGAUGAUUGUGGUUAAUAAACUUUCCAGAUGUGUUUGUGUAAA